AAGACACGGAACAAAAAGCGCAAACAGCCCCGACCCAAGCACAGAGAAACUCGCACCCAUUGCACCCCCCCUCCUCAACGCUCAACUUUCACAAAGAGAAUGGGAGGUCUCCGAAAGCUCUAACACCAUGUCCUACUCCAAUCUCACAGCGUGGGCAUCCCCCAAACCCUCUAUUCUCCCCGAUUUCGAUUCCCUUUCUUCCCGCUCCCUCAUCGCCCCCUCCCGCUUCUUCCUGGCGUCCCCUUCGCCCUCCUCGCACCGCGUGCCGUCGAGCUCCCCGCACUGCGGCCUCCGCGAGCUCCGCGAGCGGAUCGACUCCGUGAAGAACACUCAGAAGAUCACCGAGGCCAUGAAGCUCGUCGCCGCCGCCAAGGUCCGCCGCGCCCAGGAGGCCGUCGUCAGCGGCCGCCCCUUCUCCGAGACCCUCGUCGAGGUCCUCUACAACAUCAACGAGCAGCUCCAGAACGAGGACAUCGACGUCCCCCUCACCAAGGUCCGCCCCGUCAAGAAGAUCGCCCUCGUCGUCGUCACCGGCGACCGCGGCCUCUGCGGCGGCUUCAACAACAACAUCAUCAAGAAGGCCGAGUCCCGCAUCGCCGAUCUCAAGCAGCUCGGCCUCGACUACACCGUCAUCAGCGUCGGCAAGAAGGGCAACAGCUACUUCCAGCGCCGCCCCUACAUCCCCGUCGACCGCUUCCUCGAGGGCGGCAGUCUCCCCACCACCAAAGAAGCUCAUGCCAUCGCCGAUGACGUAUUCUCCCUCUUCGUUAGCGAGGAGGUCGACAAGGUGGAGCUCCUCUAUACUAAAUUCGUCUCCCUCGUCAAGUCCGACCCUGUGAUCCACACCCUCCCCCCCUCCCCGAAGGGCAAAAUUUGCGAUGUCAAUAGCGUGUGCAUCGAUGCCGCCGAGGACGAGCUCUUCCGGCUCACCACCAAGGAGGGGAAGCUGACGGUCGAGCGCGAGACUGUUCGCACCCCAACACCGGCCUUCUCGCCCAUCCUUCAAUUCGAGCAGGACCCAGUUCAAAUACUUGAUGCGCUGCUGCCACUGUACCUCAACAGCCAGAUUCUCAGGGCCUUGCAGGAGUCGCUGGCGAGCGAGCUUGCCGCGAGGAUGAGCGCCAUGAGCAAUGCGACCGACAAUGCCAUUGAGCUGAAGCGGAGCCUGUCGAUGACCUACAACAGGGAGCGGCAGGCCAAAAUUACUGGGGAGAUCUUGGAGAUUGUUGCUGGUGCCGAGGCCCUCACAUAGUUUGGUUUGGCUUCUGGGAUUCUUCUUUUGGCUCUUCUUUUGUUUCCGCUGCUAAGUCUUAUUUUUGGCGGGCAUUCUCAAAUUCAUUCCUCUAAGCCUGUUUUAAAAAUGAUUAUAUGUGAUGGUAGAAGUUGAGAGGACAAGAAUUGUGGAUUCUAAUGGAGAUUGCAUCAUCCAAGUAUCAUUGUAUUCUCUUCUAUUUCUUUUUCAUAUUUUGUCUAUAUCUUUAAUACAUGGUUACAGUUUUGUA